AUGUGCAACACCUGUACCUUUUCUGACUACGUGUUUUGUUCAAAUUUGCAGUCUUGUGAGCCUACAAAUGUUCUCAAUGAACCAAUUGCAGAGAAUUUUCUAAGCAACACUAUCCAUAAUGAGCAAGAAGCAUAUGGAAGCUAUUGUGCUUAUGCACAUCACGUAGGAUUCACUGUUGGGAAGGACCAUACUAGAUAUUGGCCGAACUCGAAGAAAUUAAAGACCAAAGAUUUUGUUUGCGGAAAAGCUGGAUACAAGAAAGAACCUAACAUUAUGGACACAGUGAAGUUCAAAAAAACAGACACGGGGACUAGGUGUCUGGUCAUGGUUCGCUAUGUUGUCGAUCCCGAAGGAAAGGAACAAGAAGCAUCAACAAGCCGUGAAGUUGUUAAUCCAUGUGAGGCAAAUUUGACGGAUUGUCUGACCAAA